CACAGUUUAUGGGAAAUUUCAUAUGUGGCAACUUUGCCCGAUAUUUGACAUUUAAACUGUGAACGCACAAUUAGUGUUUUUGUUUCCUGGUAAAGUGGCAACUUUGAUCAGCUGACUAUUCGCGUUUAGAAAAAAUGGAAAGCAACACAGAAAUACAGAAGCAAAAUAUAUUGAACGCACUUAGCUACAAAUGUAUACUGGACAUAACCGCUAAUGAUUCUAGCAGUGACGAAGAGGAUGACGAUAUCCUAAUAAAAUUUGCCAUUGAUGCAGCGCUUAUUAUAGCUAAUCGGAGAAGUACCCAUUUGGGUAUACCAAAGUCUUCGCAAUGGGUCAAUAAUGUUCUUCCCAGAUUUGAUAGUGGCCGCAUGCGACAAAUGUUGCGCAUAGAAUUCUUUGAGUUCAACUAUAUAUUAUCCUUAAUCAAGCAAGACCCUGUUUUCCAAAACAAAAAUUUUGUUCCACAAUUACCAAUCGAUCUUCAACUAAAGAUAACACUUUUUCGUCUGGGAUCAAGUGGAGAGAGUGCCUCUAUUAGAAAGAUUGCAACAUUGUUCGGAAUAGGCGAUGGCGGAACAGUUACCAAAGUGACAGAGCGGGUUAUUACCGCACAUGACCCAUGUGGUCCGUACUGAAACAUAAUAUGUACUUUGCUAAUACUGUCCGCCUUAGGUGGUCCUAAAAUGUAAUUCAUAGAUUGUAAGAUGAAUC